AUCCACAAGGCAACCUCUUUCCAGAUCCAUCAGAUCAUCCUUCCUUCAAUCGUUUCUGCUCUCUAAUUGCUUAUCUUCUUCUCCAUCCUUCAUCAUAUUCGAUCUUCCUCCUGAUAUAGAAAAGAUUGAACAGUAAGACAAAGUCAACAUGGUCGGCAAAAGGGCGCAGAACAAGCCGGAGAUCGAUGCAACAGGGCAAGAUUAUAAGAUUGUGCAAUUAAGGGAGGAAAUCGGGGCGCUUUCUGGAAGAAGCUUAAAGUUCUGUGACAACGCAUGUUUGAAAAGGUAUUUAGAAGCUCGAAGUUGGAAUGUCGAAAAAGCACAGAAAAUGCUGGAAGAGACUAUUAAGUGGAGGGCGAUGUACAAACCCGAGGAAAUUCGUUGGCACGAAGUCGCGCACGAAGGAGAGACCGGAAAAGUUUCCAAGGCGAAUUUUCACGACAGGAAGGGGAGAACAGUUCUUAUAAUGAGGCCCGGAAAACAGAACACGGCGUCACCAGAGGGUAAUAUACGCCAUCUCGUCUACCUAAUGGAGAAUGCAAUAUUGAACCUUCCGGAAGGGCAAGAGCAAAUGUCGUGGCUCAUAGACUUCACGGGAUGGUCUGCAUUGGCAACCAAAAUUCCGAUCAAAACAGCCCGGGAGAUCAUCUACAUUUUGCAGAAUCACUAUCCGGAGAGGCUCGCCGUGGUCGUGCUCUACAGCCCUCCGAGAAUUUUCCAGGCCUUUUGGAAGGUUGUCAAGUAUUUUGUCGAUCAGAAAACUUUUGAGAAAAUUAAAUUUGUCUACGCGAAUAAUAAAGAGAGCUUAGAGACUAUGAAGGGCUUCUUUGACACUAAGAACCUUCCGAGGGAGUUUGGCGGCAUGGCGACGCUAAAUUAUGAUCACGAAGAAUUCUCAAGGUUGAUGGUUGAGGACGAUGCCAAGACAGCGGAGUACUGGGGAUUGGAUCAAACCUCUUGCUUCGAGGACGAGGAAGUAGAGUAGAGGUUGAUGAAAAACAUUAACUCUUGCAAUGCAUUUGAACUAUAUUCAUAUUCGUCGGAAAUUUGAAAUCAUAAAUUUACGGUCACAUGUUUACAUCAUAUCACUGUAACACCAUUAAAUGAUGGAAAACAUUUAACUCAAUUUUUAUUCGUCAGUUUAAAUCCAUAAUUUUACA